AUGUUGGCAAGGGAUGCCGGGGUCGUUUUUCCAGCAGAGCUUUGUCAGAUCUACAUGCGCUUCGUUGAGACGGACGAUGUCGCCACGUUUGUGGCAGGCCUGAAGGCUCAGGCUAUGUACCACAUACAGACUUGCGCAGGGGUACCAGGAAGAGAAGAUGCCUUUCCAUCAUCUGUAGCUGCGUAUGUCUUCAAGGCUUUUGCCACAAUCCUACACUCCUGUGCAGCUCGAGACAUGCAACAUGCGACGUUGCUGGACGACGAGCAUAUCUGCUCGGGGCCCUUGCAGCUCUGUAUAGAUAUAGCCACGGACCUGCCGCCAGAUAAGAUGAAGCACCAUUUGUCCAUGAACAAUCUCGUAUCCAGCUAUGCCAUGCUAAGCCUGGAAAUGCUAUUGCGAGCAUCAGUUCUUUUCCAGGAUUCUUUACCUCUGGUGUCAUCGGCCCAUGUGGCUGAUUGCCAUAUGAUUCACGCCAUCUGUGAUAUCACUGAUCGCUGGCGCCAAGCUGCGUUCAAAGUUGCCUGCAUGCAGACUGGCGUGCCUUGGGUUCUUUGCAUGCCAAAAGAAGCGCUCCUGUGUGGUGCCGGCUCAAGGCGUAAGCCAUCUCAGACCGAAAGCCCUUCCAUCCGGAGCACCGAUGACUCGCUGCAGAUCAGCACCUGGCGGUGGUGCACCGGCCUGAGACUGGGAAAGGAAGGCUUCGAGUCCCGGACUCCGAUGUCCGUCGCUUUUGCCACAAGGCCUUGGCUGAUGUGGUCGCUGGCAGGCUUCGCAGCAUCCAAGAACUCCAUCAAGUUGGCGGCAGCCACUGGCACGCUUAGCCAACAGGAUCUUGCUGAACCAGCAGAGGUGGAUCUCUUGGAGGAUGCCGACUCCCCGAAAGAAGUGCCAUUUGCCCUGCCAAGAGUGCAGGCUGUGGCACCCGAGAAGCUGGACUCUGAGGCCGGUCUCCUGUCCCUCUUGGCAAGCGACCGGACCUGGACGGUGAUCUCCUUUGUGGUGGGCUAUGCCAUCGUUCAGUAUUUCCUUUCCUCUAGUGACAAGGCAAGCGGCUGUGAAGCCGUCAAGACGGAUUGA